AUGGUACGCUUAUUUACUUGCAGCGGCUUAGUUCGGCCUUGGUUCGGAAUGCCGACCAGCAACGGCGCCGCCCAAACCGCCGAGCUUCCGGCUUCCCGUACGGAUCUACGGUUAGGUUGCGACGGAGCGCCGCACGCCCAACCGCAUGUGUCUCUCUCAUCAGUGACACGAGACGACGAAGGCCGCUCCAGCCGCAUCAGAAGCUAG